AUGUCUCCCGCCGCCGCCGCCGUCGUCGCAGCCUCCGCCGGAGGAGGAGGAGGAAGCGGCGGCGGAGAGGCGGGCGGUGGCGCCGGCGCCGGCGCGUCGUCGUCCCCCGCGUCCGCGGCGGGGGCGAACGGGCGGGCGCUGGUGCGGUGGGACCAGAUCCUCCCGCGCCGCACCCUGCGGGUCCUCCUCGUCGAGCACGACGACUCCACGCGCCAGGUCGUCACCGCGCUCCUCCGCAAGUGCGGCUACCGCGUGGCCGCGGUCGCGGACGGGAUGAAGGCGUGGGGGGUCAUGCGGGAGCGCGCCUACGCCUUCGACCUCGUCCUCACCGAGGUCGCCAUGCCCUCGCUCUCCGGCAUCCAGCUGCUCUCCAGGAUCGUCGCCGCCGACGAGUGCAAGAACAUCCCUGUCAUCAUGAUGUCGUCCCAAGAUUCUAUUGGCACAGUGCUCAAGUGCAUGCAGAAGGGUGCAGUGGACUUCCUUGUGAAACCAGUGAGAAGGAACGAGCUGCGUAACUUAUGGCAACAUGUGUGGAGGCGUCAUGCAAUGAAUUGCCAGACAAAUGGAUCAGAAAAUAAUGCAGCCAGCAAUCAUAUAAGUGCCAAUGUUGCUAAUGGGUCAAAGACAGGAGAAAACAGCGAUGAGGAAAGUGAUGCCCAAAACUUUGGUAGCAAGACGCAGGCUGAAAUUCAGAGUGUUGAGAAGUUACCAGAGAUUCGUAGAGAUGAAGUGGCUGGUUCAUCCAAAAAAAUUGAACCACAAAGUAAGUCUUAUGAUGAUGGGGUAAACACAAAAGUGGAUGCGUCAAAAGAUAGCGAUGGUGCUCCAAGUGGAAGUGAGAAGAAUGUGCGUCCCAAAUGCCUUAAUGGUAUUACUUCUGCAAAAGUGGCUGAGCAAAUUAUGGAUAAUGCCUUGGCAAAGAUACAAGUUCACGUCGUCCAAGCAAAUUAUGCCUUGAGGAUCACGGAUACAAGUUCACGUCGUCCAAGCAAUCUUGGCAAAGAUUUGGGUAUGACUGAGCCAGCAGCUGACAGAAAAUGCCAAUCUUCAGUCAUGGAAAAUAAUGCUGUCACGAAGGGUGCUGCAAUAGGUCAUGCUGAUUCUUCCCCCUCCCAAUUUCUGGAGACCAACUUGGGAAAGCAACACCAUCUUAAUGGUUACAAAAAACAAGAAUUCAGGGAAAAAGAUAUCUUUAAUCACUCGAAUUCCUCUGCCUUUUCAAGAUAUGGCAAUAAAAGGAUAGAACCAUCAGGCGAGGUACAGUUUUUUCCUUCUCUCUGCACCACUGGGCAAGAGCAUGUUCAUGGCAAGGACCCAGUUUUCCAACCCAAUGGGGUGUUGCUGCCUCCCAAUGAACAUAAUACAGGUGAGAGUACAAGGCAAGCUCGAAUUACUUUGGACAGUAGCACGGAGGGUGCUGCCAUCAUGUGUUCCAGCAGUGCUAGGGAAGAUGCUGGUGCAAGUAGGUCUUCCCAUAGAAAGGACAGUAUGAGCCAUCCCUCAUAUGGGUUUAUACCUGUUCCAAUUCCUGUCGGUCCUGCGAUGCCCUACCAUUAUGGUGCAAUUCUGCAUCCAGUAUACUACCCACAGGGUCCUCUUAUGCACUGUGAUUCAGCUGGAAUCAACACGGCAGCAAUCCAGCACGCCUCUGGUCAAUCUAAUUACCAAGAAGCUCCUGGUAAACCAUCUCAGGUUGGUGAGCACAAACAGUCAGAGGAAAACCACCAGUUGCAUCAUUCAAUACAAAUUCUUCGUGAAUCAGGAGAACCAAUUGACAUGGCGAGAGCUCACAUGGAUCAUGCUAACCAGAGUGCAAGCUGCAGCCCAGAUAUCUGUAAAGGAAGUGGAUGCACGGGUAGUGGUGAAGCCGAUAUCAAUGCACAUACAAUGGUUGCCCUAGAGAGUGGCAACGAAAGUGGCAUCCAAAACAGUGAUUGGACUCACCGUGAAGCUGCGUUGAUGAAGUUUCGCAUGAAAAGGAAAGAUAGAUGCUUCGAGAAAAAGGUUAGAUAUCAUAGCAGGAAGAAGCUUGCAGAGCAAAGGCCAAGAGUUAAGGGACAAUUUGUAAGCCAAAAGCUGAAAUCAGCUACAACAGCAGAAGCAGAAACUGACUCGUGA